AUGCCACCCGUUCUGGACCCCAAGAACUCCAAAGUCGACGGCUUGGCCUUUAUUGGUCUUUCCUUGACCCGCAAGUCUGACAAAGGACAUCCAGAGUCGGAGACCCAUCAAGAAUCCUUUGAUUUCAAUUUGGUUCAGGACCGAGACUACAAGAACAUUGGCGCUACCAAUGACGAUGGUUGGUUGGUAGGUGGAGGAGAACCAGGGCCACCGACAUCGUACAAACUAAAAGCCAAAGACUCGGGGCAUGUGGAAAUCAUUCGUUUGGGAACCUAUGAACCCAAAUGGGGUGGGAUUGCCUUGCAAGAUGUCUUGGAUGUCAUGACCAACGGAACCAUUCUCAUUCCUCAAAUUGAAGUCUUGCCCACGGCCGUCAUGGCCAAUCCCGACCAGCCACCCGAAUUGGAAGUUCGAUUCGACAUGGAACCACCCUAUGCACCUACACCAAAGACGAUUGACGACGAAGGAUUGCCGAUCAAUUGGCAGCUCCGGUUCUUGCACAAUCAACUCUUCAAGGCAAUGGAAUUUCCCAGUCGAUUUUGUCCCGGUCCCUUUCAUUCUACCAUUCUACGCAAGGCAGAGUUUCGGUCUCCCAAACAUGAAAAGGCAUACUUUGAAGAAUGUGAACAAGUCUUGCAAGAAUGGAGGAUUGAAGGUCCCAAGCCAUUGAAUACGGUCCCACGAACACUGACUGGUGAAGUUGUAAUUGAAAAAGAGGAGGAGGAGGCAGUAAAGAAGGAGGAGGAAGUGCCUGCCAAAGAAGAAGAAGAGAAAGAAGGCGAAGAAAAAGAAGAAGGCGAUACUACUACUACCACCACCACCACUGCUGCUGUUGCUCCUCCUGCUGGCAACCACAGCGGGGUUUGGUUGUUUACCGAUCGACAGAAUAUCAGCCACUUUUUUGCGCCAAACUUUCUUCCGCCCUACAAUACUCCCGAAAAGAAAAAGAUUAUUUGCGAUGUCCUAGCCGAAUCCUGGGACGAAAAGACACUCUCUUGGAAACCAACCCCCAAGAAACAGGCUCCCUUUAUAUCCAAUCUUAUGAACAAGGCAACCACUGCAGUAGCAACUUCUUCUAUUGGUACUACCAUUGCGACGAACAAGAAUAUCAGUAACAAUAUCAAAAACAGCAAAAAGAAAAAGGAAAAAGUACCCAUUGCCAAACCUGUAUUUGAUUCCAAUGUCUCGGUCCAACUCAAUCCCAGUGGCAAAUUCUUGUCCGUGUCGAACAAUGGAAAAUUGGUACUCCUGCCCAAAUGGAAUCAGGCAAGAUGCACUUUUAAACUUUGGAGACAAGAUCGAUUGUCCCAAGAUGGAGAAGAAAUGGAACAAGUCAUUGGAUUGCAAUUUGCUGCCAAUGAGACUUGGGUGGGAAUCAACAUGUUUGGCAAUGCCAUGUGUGUGGCCAAUCAAUUUUGUGGAAGUGACAAUUCGGCAAAAAGAGAAGCCUGGAGUUUGGAAAAUGACAUGUCGAAUACUCCAUUGAUGAAUGCGGCCGCCGGAUGGGGUUCCGGGAAUUAUUUAAUGGUGGAAGGAGAUGCUACCAUUAAAUUGGUACAAUUGCGCGAACGAAAGAAGGCUGCCUUGUGGUGCAUCAAGAAUUUGGAGUAG